GCAGGCUGAGCUCCAGGUUGAUGUGGUUGAACUCCCGUCGCAGGGUGCCGCGGGGUCCCUUCACGAUCACCGUCCGCCCCUUCAGCCUCACCUCGACUGCAAAACACAGCGCAAACACGGCGUUGCACGAAAACGGAUUCGACGUCAGGCCUGACGGGCGACAGAGGGGAUCAGCGGAGCUAACUAACUAACUAACUCCGUAUCCCAUAACACACAUGAGGGAAAGGCUAAAUACGAGCACUGUGGUGAAGACCAAAGCAGUCGCUCAUCGAGAUUAGCUGCAGCGCCGGAGAGGGUAGACUGACUGACGGCUGGCGGUGAAAUCAUGGCGCUGGUCAAGCAAAGCUGUGUUAUUGCUGGUCGUUUCUCCACUAAUCACCUGUGGUUGAGUCCCAAAUGCAACUCGUAUGUGUGUGUCAGCGGCCUGACGACAGCUGCCAAAUCCUCCCCAAUUCGGUCUGACAGAAAGAAGGAGUUGUUGAGUGAUGACGGGCCUGAUCUACAGGACUUCAUCUCCGGUGACCUGUCAGAGAGAAGCAAGUGGGCAGAGUACAAAGGCAAUCUGAAGAGAGAGAAGGGAGAACGGCUGAGGCUUCCUCCAUGGCUGAAGACAGAGAUCCCAAUUGGCAAGAACUACAACAGACUAAAGAAUACACUUAGAGGCCUCAACCUGCACACAGUAUGUGAGGAGGCUCGGUGUCCUAACAUUGGGGAGUGCUGGGGAGGAGGAGAGUACGCCACGGCCACAGCCACCAUCAUGUUGAUGGGAGACACGUGUACUCGGGGGUGCAGAUUCUGCUCGGUGAAGACAGCCCGCCAGCCCGCUCCUCUGGACCCGAAUGAGCCCUACAAUACAGCCAAGGCCAUCGCUGCCUGGGGGCUGGAUUAUGUGGUUCUCACCUCGGUAGACAGAGACGAUGUCGCUGAUGGAGGGUCGGCGCACUUUGCCAAGACAGUUUCUCACCUGAAAGAAAGAAACCCUCAGAUCCUGGUUGAAUGUCUGACUCCUGAUUUCCGUGGCGACCUGACAGCAGUGGAGAGGAUCGCUCUGUCAGGCCUGGAUGUGUACGCCCACAAUGUGGAAACAGUCCGUGAGCUACAGAGAUAUGUUCGAGACCCCAGAGCGAACUUUGACCAGUCAGUGAGUGUGCUGAAACACGCUAAAAAGGUCAAUCCCACUGUGCUCACCAAGACCUCCAUCAUGCUGGGGCUGGGGGAGACUGACCAACAGAUAAGGAACACCUUGACGGAGCUGCGGGAGGCAGGAGUAGACUGUCUAACAUUGGGUCAGUACAUGCAACCCACCAAACGCCACCUCAAGGUGGAGGAAUAUGUGACACCAGAGAAGUUUGCCCACUGGGAGAAGGUUGGAAACGACAUGGGGUUCGUCUACACUGCCAGUGGACCCCUGGUGCGAUCCUCUUACAAAGCAGGAGAGUUCUUCCUGAAGAAUCUGCUGGAGAAGAGAAAGGCAGAAGCCACAGUGGCAGAGUAAAAAGAGAAAGGCAUGGAGCACCCAGCGGCUCCUACAGGCUGCCCUCAAUCCUCCUCUUAGGCCGCCUCCUGUCUCCAUUCUCUCUCUGCUUGUCUGCUUUUAAAUUCCCAACACUGUCAUUAUUGUUGUAUAGCUGUAGCUGGAACACGCACAAUGUUUUAGUACACAUAUCAAAGGCUGUGGAAGCCACAGAGGCGCUCCAACAAUAUGACAUCUGCCCAGGGUAGAGGAUGACCCUACCCAAGACUCACCUGAUUAAUUGAGGAAUGGAGGCUACACUUGCCUUCUAAAUUACCUUCCGUUUCUACACACGUCCUCUGCCAUGCAGUCGAGAGCUCAGAGGUGAAGAGAUGAAAGAGGAGGUCAAACAUCAGUCAGGAGCCUUACAGCAAGAUAAUGUGGGCCUAGACUUCUCCCUAGUGACCAAGGCAGUAAUAAAAGAUGGCCCAGGUGUGAGCCACUGUUGUAAUUCUGAAUCUUUGCACCUCAGGGCCCCCUUAAACCCUCCCAGCCACCACCACCCCCGCCUUCCCCUCAGGGAGCCCUGAACCUCUGGUUGGGAACCACUGAUCUUUAUCAGCAGCCAGAGGUCUGCAUGGGAGCAGUUGAGGCAAUGAACCUGUAAUUUCAGCACUAAUAAAAUGAUUAAGUUUGUGAACUAAAUAACAUUUGACCUUUGUCUUAUACCUGUGAGCCAAAGCCAUUAUGAUAUAAACUGAACCCUAUAUGAAAUGUUCUUUGUGCAGAAAUAAUGUAAUUAAUAUAACAUGCAGAAAUUAUUAAAAUUACAUUUACUGGUUUGGA